CACAUCGAACUGUACGAAUUCCGAAGAUUGGGUUUGCCACUUCUGAGUCGGACCCAACAUUUCUCUGGUCGUGUCCAGGCCGCCGGAAAACGAUCCUCAAAACUCUCAUUAGCUGCCCGUGUUCUAAACCUCCCUCACCGGUGAUUUUCACAUCCAGAAAGCGAUUCGCGCUGUCGUGUUUUUUUUUUUUUUGGAAUCUUGUAGACCUACUUUAAGAGAUCUGGGAAAUUCGAAACUCCAUAGUUCGUUGGUUUCGAUAUCCCGAUUGAUUGGAGGACGAGCGCGUCGUGAUGCUCCGAUUGAGGGCAUUCCGUCCAUCCGGCGACAAGAUCGUUAAGAUUCAGCUCCACCCUACGCAUCCUUGGCUCGUCACUGCGGAUGACUCUGAUCACGUUUCAGUCUGGAAUUGGGAGCAUAGACAGGUGAUUUAUGAGCUGAAAGCUGGUGGGGUGGAUGAAAGGCGUUUGGUUGGGGUGAAGCUUGAGAAGCUCGCUGAGGGAGACUCCGAGCCUAGAGGAAAACCCACAGAAGCUAUUCGGGGAGGGAGUGUAAAGCAGGUGAGCUUUUAUGAUGAUGAUGUGCGAUUUUGGCAACAUUGGCGAAAUCGAUCUGCUGCUGCUGAGGGUCCAUCUGCAAUGAGUCAAAACUCUCCAACUUUUAAUUCUCCUACUCCAAGCACUCGAGGGAGGCAUUUUCUUGUCAUAUGCUGUGAAAAUAAAGCUAUAUUUUUGGAUUUGGUGACUAUGCGUGGGCGGGAUGUUCCAAAGCAAGAACUCGACAACAAAUCUCUUCUUUGCAUGGAAUUUCUUUCUAGAUCUGCUGCAGGUGAUACCCCUCUUGUUGCCUUUGGUUCAUCUGAUGGUGUAAUAAGAGUUCUUUCAAUGAUUACAUGGAAGCUUGUUCGAAGGUAUACGGGUGGUCACAAGGGAUCAAUAUCAUGUUUGUUGACAUUUAUGGCAUCUACUGGCGAGACACUCUUGGUUUCUGGGGCCAGUGAUGGCUUACUUAUAAUAUGGAGCGCAGACCAUAUUAAUGAUUCACGUGAACUUGUGCCAAAACUCAGCUUAAAGGCACACGAUGGUGGAGUAGGGGCUGUUGAACUUUCAAGGGUGAUGGGAAGUGGCCCACAGCUUAUUACCAUAGGUGCAGAUAAAACCUUGGCAAUUUGGGAUACUGUCUCAUUUAAGGAGCUGAGACGGAUAAAACCUGUUCCAAAACUUGCUUGCCAUAGUGUUGCUUCUUGGUGUCAUCCUCGUGCACCGAACCUAGAUAUCCUUACAUGUGUCAGGGAUUCUCACAUUUGGGCCAUUGAGCAUCCAACAUAUUCUGCUUUAACCAGGCCAUUGUGUGAAUUAUCAUCACUUGUCCCUCCUCAAGUGCUCGCAACAACUAAGAAGCUCAGGGUUUAUUGCAUGGUUGCUCAUCCAUUGCAACCACACCUUGUUGCAACUGGAACCAAUAUUGGUGUUAUUCUUUGUGAGCUUGAUGCUAGAUCCCUUCCAUCCGUUAUUCCUCUACCAUCACCUUCAGGAGGCAGAGAACACUCUGCAGUGUAUAUAGUUGAAAGAGAGCUCAAAUUACUUAAUUUUCAGCUUUCCAACACUGCCAAUCCUUCCCUUGGAAGUACUGGCUCCUUAUCUGAAACAGGGAGAUCCAGGGCAGACUCAACUGAGCCACUUGUUGUUAAGCAGACCAGGAAGCAUAUCAGCACGCCUGCACCUCAUGAUUCAUACUCAAUUCUGUCUGUAAGCAGUUCUGGAAAAUAUGUCUCAAUUGUUUGGCCUGAUAUUCCUUCAUUUGCAGUUUACAAGGCUAGUGAUUGGUCUGUUGUUGAUUCAGGGACUGGGAGGCUGUUUGCUUGGGAUAAUUGUCGUGAUAGAUAUGCAUUAUUAGAAACUGCUUUGGCUCCUAGAAUACCCAUCACACUUAAAGGAGGCUCAUCUAAGAAGGCAAAAGAGGCUCAAGCUGCUGCAGGCCCCCCUGCCGCAGCUGCUAGUGCAGCUUCCUCUGCAACUGUUCAAGUCCGAAUAAUAUUAGAUGAUGGUACUUCUCAUGUUUUGACAAGGUCCAUAGAUGGCCGCAAUGAGCCAGUUAUUGGACUGCAUGGUGGUGCACUGCUUGGAGUUGCUUACCGAACUUCAAGAAGAAUUACCCCUUUAGCUGCCACCGCAAUUUCCUCUCAAUCAAUGCCAUUGUCUGUCUAUGGCAAUUCUUCUUUUGCUACAUCUGAUGAUUUGAAACAGUCAGGUGCUGAAGCAGCACCUCAAAAUUUCCAGUUAUACAGCUGGGAAACUUUUCAAUCUGUGAGUGGUCUAUUUUCACAACCAGAAUGGUCAGCAUGGGAUCAAACUGUUGAGUAUUGUGCUUUUGCAUACCAGCAGUACAUUGUUAUAUCUUCCUUACGUCCGCAGUAUAGGUAUCUUGGAGAUGUUGCAAUUCCAGCUGCCACUGGUGCUGUCUGGCAUCGUAGGCAGCUAUUUGUUGCUACACCAACAACCAUUGAGUGUGUGUUUGUUGAUGCUGGUGUUGCACCUAUUGAUCUUGAAACUAGAAGGAGAAAAGAAGAAAUGAAAGCCAAAGAAGCCCAAAGUAGAGCUUUUGGUGAGCAUGGUGAGUUGGCACUCAUUACUGUUGAAAGCUCAGAAGUUGCUACUAAUGAAAGGGUGUCAUUGAGGCCUCCAAUGCUUCAGGCUGUUCGGCUUGCAUCCUUUCAACUUGCUCCCUCAAUACCUCCAUUCAUUACAUUACCCAAGCAGUCCAAAAUGGAUGGAGAGGACGCAGUUACUCAAAAAGAGAUUGAGGAGAGAAAAGCAAGUGAGGCUGCCGUAGCAGGCGGUGGUGUAUCCGUGGCUGUAACUCGUUUCCCUCAUGAACAGAAACGUCCUGCUGGACCUCUUGUUAUUGUAGGUGUAAGAGAUGGAGUUCUUUGGCUUAUUGACAGGUAUAUGUGUGCUUAUGCAUUGGCUCUCAGCCAUCCCGGCAUUCGUUGUCGCUGUCUUGCUGCCUAUGGAGAUGCUGUUAGUGCAGUGAAGUGGGCAAGUCGGCUUGGUCGGGAGCAUCAUGAUGACUUAGCUCAAUUUAUGCUGGGAAUGGGCUAUGCAACUGAAGCUCUUCAUUUACCAGGGAUAUCUAAAAGGUUAGAGUUUGACUUGGCUAUGCAAAGUAAUGACUUGAAAAGAGCUUUGCAAUGCUUACUAACUAUGAGCAAUAGUAGAGAUGUCGGCCAAGGAAAUGCCACCACAGAUAUAACAGAAAUUUUGAAUCUGACAGCUGCUAAACAGGAAAAUCUUGUGGAUGCCGUUCAAGGAAUUGUUAAGUUUGCAACGGAAUUCAUGGAUCUCAUUGAUGCUGCAGAUGCUACUGGACAAGCAGAUGUUGCCCGUGAAGCUCUCAAGAGGCUAGCUGCUGCAGGAUCCGUCAAGGGUGCUCUGCAUGGGCAAGUAUUGAGGGGGGUGGCACUGCGGCUUGCAAAUCAUGGAGAGCUUACGAGACUUUCAGGAUUGGUGAAUAAUCUGAUUACAGCUGGCCAUGGGCGGGAGGCAGCAUUUGCGGCUGCAAUUUUGGGAGAUAAUGCACUUAUGGAGAAGGCAUGGCAGGACACCGGCAUGCUCGCAGAGGCCGUCCUUCAUGCUCAUGCCCAUGGUCGUCCAGCUCUGAGGAGCCUAGUCCAGGCAUGGAAUGAAAUUCUGCAGAAGGAAAUUGAGCACAAACGUACUGUCAAAACCGAUGCAGCUGCUGCAUUCCUGGCUUCUCUGGAAGACCCUAAGCUAACUACUCUUGGAGAAGCCCCGAAGAAACCUCCCAUAGAAAUCGGAAUGCCAUCUCUAUCAGCUCCUUCCCUCACUAUUAAAAAACCUGGUACACCCGGCCUGAUUCAACCUAAGUCAACUACACCAUUGAUGCUCGAAGCACCAUCAACACCAGCUCUAACAGCAACUCCAGCUGCUCCGGCUGAUGGUGCUGAGGCUUCACCUCAGGAAACAUCACCGACUCCUACUCCGGCGACGGAGGGUUCACAGAUUCCAAAUCAAACAGCAGAUGCUUCAGAGGCUGCUAAAGAACCCUCAAAUGUUUCAUCAGAUAAUCUUCAGAUCCCCGAAGGUUUUGCGGAGACAUCCCAGACUCCGAAAGAUGCUAUAGAUACUGCACUAACCCAAACAGAAGCUCCAGUGUCAUCUCCACCCUCUGAGCCAGCUGCAUUAUAGAAAAUGAUUUUAUGUAUUGUUUUAGGGUUUAUAGAGUCCAGUUUGCCAUUUCAUUGAUUUUGGUUGUGCAUUGUAUCUAAUUUACUGUAAAUUCUUAUGUUUUAAUGCAUUUAUAUUUAAUUUA